GGAGGGAUUCAUUUUAAGCAGCGUGCGGCCCUCUGCCUCUCUUUAAGGCGGGGAGAGCGGUGUGGGCGGCAGUUGCUGUGGUUUCCGACCUGGGGUGGUGUUCCUGGAGCUGGAGAUUGAGGGCUCAGCGCUAUCGCGUCCAAGUCCAGCUCCCCGUGACUGCGGAUCGGGAGGUCAGAAGCUCAGCUACCCGUCUGUGGACCAGGACCGGCCGGCUGCUUUGCCUUCGCCUCACAGUGCUCGUGUCUACUCCGGGGCCUAAAUCGGCUCCGGGGCGGCCGAGGAGAAGGCCGCCGGCGAGAUGUUCAAAAACACAUUCCAGAGCGGCUUCCUCUCCAUCCUCUACAGCAUCGGCAGCAAGCCCCUGCAGAUCUGGGACAAAAAGGUGCGGAAUGGCCACAUCAAAAGAAUAACUGAUAAUGACAUCCAGUCCCUGGUGCUAGAAAUUGAAGGGACAAAUGUCAGCACCACAUAUAUCACAUGUCCUGCAGACCCUAAGAAGACACUGGGAAUUAAACUUCCCUUCCUUGUCAUGAUUAUCAAAAACCUGAAGAAAUAUUUUACCUUUGAAGUACAGGUAUUAGAUGACAAGAAUGUACGUCGGCGGUUUCGGGCAAGUAAUUACCAGAGCACCACCCGGGUCAAACCCUUCAUCUGUACCAUGCCCAUGCGGCUAGAUGACGGCUGGAACCAGAUUCAGUUCAACUUGUCAGACUUCACCCGGCGAGCAUAUGGCACAAAUUAUAUUGAAACCCUAAGAGUGCAGAUCCAUGCAAACUGUCGUAUCCGACGGGUUUACUUCUCAGACAGACUCUACUCAGAAGACGAACUGCCAGCAGAGUUCAAACUGUACCUGCCAGUUCAGAACAAGGCAAAGCAAUAACUGGAAUGCAACUCAAGGGACCGACCCUGGAUGUGACUCUUAACUUAAGGAAACUGUCUAGAGGACAAUACAAAAACAUAUUUAUAUUAAUUCACUCUGCUAUACUUUUAUUUACUACCUAGUGUCCCUUGUCAUGGACACCAGUGACCAUGCCAUAACUCUGUAAUUGCGUUGUAAGUACAGUGGGAAUAAGCAGUCUUGCGCGUGAUACGUGAAUGCUAGAGUUUAUCCUGCUGCCUGCCCCAGGGUGGGGGAGAUCAUUUACCAUGAACUUACAGAAUUAAAGAUGUCCCCUAAGGCAAUUUCAGACCACUGUUUCUUCCUACGGUUAUUCUUUGUUUUAUAUAUUAUCUAAAUAUAUGUAUAUGCUGUGUAAUACUCAUAAUCUGGAAAUGAAUAAAAUGUUAUAUUCUUGGUUUGUAA